CAUGACUCUCGCUGGAGCUCCGUCGAAGGCCGUGGAACUUCAAAUAAUCCUAUCUCGACACCUUUGGUGAUUGUUUGCCACAAAUAAACCUUUCUCUUAUUCUUGUGAUCAGAGUUUGAAUCUCUGGAAAACAAAACCUACAUGUUCCCGACCUGACGUUGCAUUCGCCGCCGUGGCUCUGAUCCACCCCGUCGCCAUUGAUCGCAUUCGACGACUUAACCUACGCAACAAACAGAGUCAAACUUCACAGUACUUUGCAUGGUCCUGAGCCUUUGAUUAAGUCUCACGCCACGGCCAUGUUCACCACCUUCAGUGGAAGUACGAAACGACCACGUCAAGUCAACCUCUCGGGACGAAAGACACAUGCAUUCGGAAGCCCGGGUACAGGAGCCGGAUCCCAGGCCGCAUUAGACCGCGCACAACAGGACCGAGCACAAAGACAGCGGGAGCGAGACACACUCAAGGCUGCUCAGACCUUACAAAGACUAUGGAGGGGCUAUGCGUGCCGGAAGGUGGUUUCUAAUCAGCUCAGGCAGGAAUGGGAUGGAAUAGAAGGGUCGGCUGGUGGCUCUUCUCCCCCCAGGCCAUAUGAUACAGAGGAGGAGGCUCUCGCACAACUGCAACGGCUGCUUCGGUUUGCCUCACCACACAAUGGGUCGGAUACUUCGCGGAUACAGCACUACGGGCUGCGCCAGAUAGCGACCGCACAGAGUUUACAAAUAACGACGAGGGGGCCGUGGCCGUUGGCAUACUUGAGGUUACAGAGGAAAAUGUUGAGAGUGCUUCAAGACCGGCUACACCGAUGGAGUAAAACAACAGGCAAUACUCAUGAGUGGGACCUGGACGAUGAUUUCCUGAUCAUCCUCCGUUUCAUCACGCAGCAAAUACCCGCAGAGACCUCGCAGAAUGCCACGCAAUUCUACCAGACCCUUGUUCUCCUCGUUAUCCGCCGGGUCAUGCUGCCAACACCAUCGAACGAGAAAGGCGCAUUGGAUGAACCCCUCAGAAUACUUUUAGACACGACGAUUACGCCCCUUACCACAGUGACUGGAUAUACUUUGAAAGCAUACGAAGCGUUUGAUACCGCUGCAUCAAAAGCAGUCCGAGACUUCUUCGCAGCGUCGAUCAAUUACAAACUGCUUGCAAACGCUCUAGCAACGACAUUUAAGAAGGUGCCGGUACAAUCACACCCCGACACGAGGGAAACAUCGAGUCGACUCAUCCUUUUGGCCUGCUUCGUUUAUUUCCACCGUUUCGCACAUAAUUUCAAGACACCGGAAGCAGACUCCGCGCAGAAGGAUUUCGUGACAGUGAUUUCCUUAUUACUAAAUUCGCUCCCAAUCAACAUCAUCGAGGGCCAUGGCAAACGCGCCGAUCAAAACGACGAAACCGCAUCAUCGAGCACAUCAAACGUCUUUUUGCGAGAACAAAUCCUAUCCUUGAUAAAUAAAGAGGGUAUUGGAAACCUCCUUGCAGGAUCCAUACAGUCGACAGACAGCUCAGAAGAUGAGAAGGUAGACGAGGCCAGACAGCUUGCCAAUUACGCCCUGGCCUUGCUUAGAUUCUUCCCACGGCGCGGUGAUGAGAUCCGGAUGUGGCUUUACAUUGGCCCUUCAAACGGCCAGAACUCAUCUCGAAAACUACCAGCCAUAAGGUACUUUUGGGAGGCUUCCAAACGUUCAUUGGUGUUUGGUACCAUCCUGAAGGAUUCCCGCGCGGCAAUCGAGCUUUUGAAACAUAAGGCAGCCGUGGAGAAAUCCAGCAGCUCAUCUCUGAGCUGGCAACCUGCUGAACAAGAAAUCGAACGAGGAGCUGCAUUGGCUGAUGAGUGGAGAGUCAUUCUGGUCUUUCUUGAAUUGUAUACUUUCGUUCUUAAAGUCACCGACGACGAGGAGUUCUUUUCCGGUGGCAACGAAGCAUCCUCGGGACAAAUACGUGAUAACGCACUUCCUUUACCAGAAGUCAAAGAAUUGACGACAUUCCUGAAAAAUCUUGGUUUCACAUUAUAUUUCAAUGCUUCCGACAUCAUUUCAACCGACGAACGCGACACGAGUAGCACCGGUCUCACUUUCUUCAACCCCAAGGCUAUCGACGUACAACCCACAAAGCCGGCAGUUGAACCUUCAGUAGGCGGUGUCGCCGGGCUGAGUUUAGACUAUGUCAAAGGGCUAGUUACGGGACUACUCCGCAUGGUUUACGAGCGUGACUCCAGACGUAAAUUCUUGCCAUCAGACCAUUGGCUUAUGACAUCUCGCUUCGAUAUGAGUGGGUUCAUUCCAGCUGUUGUGCAAGAGGAAGAAAGUCGACAUAAGAUUGAGGAAGAGGAUGCCGAGGACAUUGAUGACGACGACGAUGACGAUGAGGAAGACGAAUUAGAUGACACUCCACAACUGAUCGGAACCAGUCGAACGCAGCAACAACGCAGACAAGAGAGGUUGGUUCGCGAGCAACGCAAGGCCUCUAGGCGAAGAUAUUUGCAGGCAGUUGCGCCUCGGUUGGAGAUUCUGCAGAAUAUGCCCUUCUUCAUUCCCUUCACGACGCGUGUACAAAUCUUCCGCGAAUUUGUUCAUCUAGAUAUGACUAAACGUCGUGGAGCCAUUGACCCGGAUGCAUGGCGAAGCAGGGUCAUGCUUAGGCCCGAUGCUCCCCAGCAAUUCGCAAGGCAUGCCGCAAGCAUCAGGCGUGAGCACGAGUUCGAAGAUGCUUUCCGACAGUUCUAUCCAUUGGGACAAGGUCUCAAGGAACCUAUUUCGAUCACUUUCGUGGAUCAAUUCGAUGCCCAGGAGGCCGGUAUCGAUGGUGGCGGCGUUACUAAAGAAUUCCUGACUAGCGUCACAAACAGGGCAUUCAUGCCUACAGAUAAUAUCGACAUGUUCAUUGAGAACGACCAGCAUCUUCUCUACCCCAAUCCAUCCGCUAUGGAGGAGCAGAAGGAGGUUCUGAAGCAGGCAGGUCUCCGUGAGAACUCCGCAGAGUUCCGCGCUUUGGUCACGGAUUUGUCGCAGCGAUACGAGUUUUUGGGUCGCAUUAUUGGCAAGUGCCUGUACGAGGGUAUUCUAGUCGAUGUCAACUUCGCACCCUUUUUCCUCCGCAAAUGGGCCCUGACCGGAGGUACUGGGUCCGCGCCGAAAGAGACCAGUUACCGUCCUACUCUCAAUGAUCUACGCGAUCUUGAUGAAGCGCUUUAUCAGGGGUUCCAUCAAUUGAAGACAUAUCCCGGCAACGUCGAAGACUUUUCCCUCAAUUUCACAGUCACGGACAACAUUGUUGUAGACCAUAGCACAACGCCCAAGAAGACCAAAGCAAUCACUCGGGAACUCAUACCAGGUGGAUCCGAUGAGGCUGUCACGAACCAAAACCGUCUCGUCUACAUCACCUACAUGGCUCGCCACCGUCUCCAGAACCAACCCUUCGUGCAGACUGCUGCUUUCCUCCGUGGUCUAGGCAGCAUGAUCCAACCAAGCUGGCUCAGCAUGUUUAACCACUCUGAACUACAAACCCUCAUUGGCGGCACAUCCUCCUCAAUCGAUAUCGACGACCUCCGACGUAAUACCCUCUAUGGCGGCACCUUCGUCAUCGGCGAUGACGGCCUCGAACACCCCUCCGUCCAGCUCUUCUGGAAAGUCCUCAAAGACCUAUCUGACGGCGAGCGCCGCGCGGUCCUCAAAUUCGUCACCAGCACUCCCCGCGCACCGCUCCUUGGCUUUGGAACGCUCAACCCUCGGUUCAGCAUCCGGGAUAACGGCAGCGAUCAGCAGAAAUUGCCUACGGCGAGCACGUGCGUCAACCUGCUCAAGUUGCCGAUGUACAAAGAUGAGGCUACAUUGAAGGAGAAGUUACUAUAUUCCGUCUUCUCCGGCGCUGGGUUUGACUUGAGUUGA